UAGAAAAUCAAAUAAUCAAGUAUAGCUCUAUCACUAAGUAUUCAAUAUAGCCUCUUUCACCUUAAUUUUUAUAAAUAGCGAUUUUGUUGGCGUUUUAACCCGUGAUAUAUCUUGUUUACUAAAAAAUUUACUCAAUACAUCAACUAGCAUAACCCUAUAGCCGAGGAAACCUCUCAAUAUUCAACCAUAGAAUAUGGAGAUGCAAGAUGGACUUCGAAUCGGAAGUAAAACACGACAUUUACACUGCUUGUAGUUUGGGAGAUGAAAAGCAUGUCCAUGAAAUUUUAGAGAGUUGGCCAGUGGAUGUGAAUGCAAGGAAUGCGGGAGGCUGGACCCCUCUGAUGUAUGCUUGCUGGGGUACACAUGAACGUGUGGUUACAUGUCUGCUGGCUGCAGGUGCCGACAGGAAGAUCCUCAACUUUGAGAACCAAACUGCACUUCAUCUUGCGGCCAAGAGUGGGUCUCUAACCAUUGCUCAGCUAACAUUCCAGAAAGGAAUUGUGGACUUUAUAGACAGCCAAGGGAAAACUGCGUUGUACAGUGCCGUAGAGUUUGGACAUGUGGACAUUGUGGGCUAUUUGCUAUCAGAAGGAGCUGACGUCAAUUACAGUUGCCAGGGCAUGACGCCAUUGAUGGUAGCAGCAGCACAGGGUCAACGCUGCCUAGUGGAGGUUCUGGUCAAACAUGGAGCAAACAAACGAACACGCAACCAGCAAGGGUUCACAGCAAGCCAGCUGGCAGCCAAAAAUGGCCACUUGGAACUGGCUCAGCUGUUAGAUACUUCUGAGCAAGAUAUCUCUAAUUUAGAGACAUUCCUUGAGACCCUAUCACUGGAAAAGUACUGGCCUAUAUUUAAGAACAAAAAUAUCGACUUAAAAUCUUUUCUUAAUUUUUCCGAGGAUGAUUUGAAAUCCUUUGGAAUCAAACUCCUUGGUCCACGGAGAAAGAUGUCCAUUGCAAUCUCUGCUUAUAAAAAAAACCAUCAAUGACAUUUAGUGAAGUAUAACAUUUUAUCCUUGUGUUUAAGUUUUACUAAAUAAUUUAUUACUGUAAUUUUAUUAAUAAACUGUUAAAAC